AUGGCCAAAAGCAACAAGAAACGCAAAGCAUGCAACUACACAUACACGAUGGAAGAAGCGGAAAUUGAAUGUAUUUUGGAUGAGCGUGGUGGCAAUGGCAAACAGAAGACAAAGCAACAACAUGAAUAUCUCUGUGCUUGGGCGGACGGCAAUGAAGAACCGCAAUGGGUGGCGGCCAAACACUUGAAAGGGACAAUCGCCUUGGAAGAGUGGGAAGAUCAAGAGGACGAAGAGCCAGAAAUCUUUGACCCGCCUGCCAUUCUUGCCCCAAAGUGCUAUUCGUUGGCCCAAUUGGUUCAAACUGCCAAACGCACCUCCAUUCUCCUUGGUGCGGGCAUCAGUGCCCCCAUUUUGCCCACCUUUCGGGGCCAACAUGGAUUGUGGACCAAAAACGCACACAAAAACACAAAGGCAGACGCCAAGGUCAGCGACGGUUUGCAACCCACCUUGGCGCAUGAAGGAUUGGUGGCCUUGGAGAAGGCUGGGUUCAUUCAUUACGUGGCCACACAAAAUUACGAUGACUUGUCCAGUCGGUCGGGAUUUCCCGAGCACAAAUUGAGUGAAUUGCAUGGGAAUAUUUUUGUUGAGACGUGUGAUGACUGCCACAAGGUCUUUCAUCGGGACUUUGAAGUCCCCAAGGACGAUUCCUUGGAACACGAGACGGGGCGUCACUGUGAGGAUUGUGGGGGUAUCUUAAGGGAUUCGAUUAUUCAUUUCGAAGAAGACUUGCCCGAGCCAUCCUUGACCAAAGCCAUGAACAAAUUUGCCGAAUCGGAUUUGAUCAUUGUGGUGGGAUCCUCCUUGAAGGUGGAGCCUGCAGCGGGUCUGCCAUUUAGCAACAAACACACAACAACAACUACCCGGCAAUCCUCCAAGCGAGACGUAAAUACCUGUAUCGUGAACUUGCAACCAACUGGAUAUGAUUCUCAGGCAGACUUGAUCAUUCAUGGGACAUGUGAUCAAGUGAUUGAUGCGGUUGCCAAAGAAUUGCUUGGAAACAAUUGGCGUUAG